AUGGGCUGCAAUUUUUCACACAUAGAGAGAGACAUAAUUGGCUCUAACAAAGAAGAAGAAAUUAUCCGCAGCUGAGAAAAGGCUUUGAAUUUUUAUACCUUAAAAGACGAUGAAUUUCUUCGAGCUAUAGAUGGCAGACAAGACGAUGAUGGGCUUAUUCAUAUAAAUUCACUAUGAGAUUUAUUUUAUCUCUGCAAUUUCCCUGCACACUCUUUCCCUGUAAAUACAGGCCCAGUUAGCAUUUUUUACAAAACAAUUAGAAAAAACGACAAAAUUGACGCACGGAAGCUGAUGACUUUAAUAAUCUUGACCUCUUCAUUUACAGACAAAACAAAAGCUCAACUUAUAUUUAAGGUGUAUAGGGAAGACAAAACUUUUAUGAAAGAAAAAAUCCUUGAGAGGCUUUUAAUUGAUUUAUCGAACAUAUCAAUUAACCUUAUAUGGAUGGCUCUAGGAAAACAGCCAGGACAAUUAUCAAGAGAAAUCUUGAUGAGGUAUGAAGGAAAGCUUGAGCAAGGUCAGCUGAGCUUUAUUUAUAAGCUCAAACACUUACUCCUAUAGAAAUAAUAAUGAGUGAAGCCAUAUUUUUAUAAAUUUACUAAUUGGAUUUUUUUAUAUAAAAAUAUAAUUUUUUUUAUAAAUUAUUUUGGAAGGUUAAUAAUUGACUCUGACUAUUUGGCUACUGAAAAAGGAUUUCUUAAUAGAAUUGGAAAAUAUCCAAAAAUUUUAUCACCUUCUGGUAUUCGGAAAUUUAUAUUGAAGGAGAUCAAAGAAGAUUCUUUAUUAAGCCCGAAAAAGCCAUAUAUAAGACUAAUGUCUAUUAAAACAAGUGAUACACUUGACGAUAUAACUGAGAAUGAUAGGGGUAACAAGAGGCUAAAUAUAGAUUUUAACAGUAGGAUUUCGAGGCAUCAGAGCAAAAGCUCAAAUCAUGUGUCUGACUCAGGUAAAUUGUCAAGUAAAGUGGAUGAAAGGUAUUUGAAAAAUUCAUUGAUGAUGAAGAAAAUAGUAGAAGCUUAUCUUACUUCCUUCCUCUGUGAGUAAGCAAAAAUUUUGAAUAAUUUUACUUUUUUGAUAAAUUGGCGUGCGAGCAAAAUAUUCUUAAGUAUUAAAUGAAUCUCGAUCUCAUUCUAUUAAAUUUUAUCCAGCUUGCAUUAUAAAAAUUAUUCUAUUAAAUAAUUUCUAUUUUCAAAUUAAAAAAAAAAUUAAAUACAAUUAUAAAAUUAACCUUUCCAUAUUAGAGUUAGUAAUUUGAAGACUGCUAUAAAAAUUUGGAAAAAUAUGAAUUAA